CACGUACUAUAUAUCCUGACUGUAGCACAACUGACAGGCAUAGUUCACUCUUACAAAGCAGACGUAUUCUGAUUGCCAGAACGAGACAUGAACGCGCUCCAAACAAAGACGCUUUUUAUAGUGCUGAUGAUGAUUGAAAGGUGUAUCGCAGGGACGAAAACCAAGUGCCAGGUUGUUGCAGCUCUGAGAGCGCAAGGUGUUCCUGAUAGUGAUCUAAGAGACUGGCUGUGUUUGGUUGCUCACGAAAGUUCCUACAAGUACGACGCCGAGAAUAACAACAGCAAUGGGUCUACAGACUAUGGAAUUUUCCAGUUCAAUAAUAAUUACAAUUGUGGCAACAGCGACGGUACUAACUCAGCAACGUGCUGGAGACUCAGGACCUAUGGUUGCGCAGACUCAUGUAGUAGUUUUACGGACUCGGACAUUACUAACGAUGCAAACUGUGCUAAGAGGAUUAAAGACUGCGAUGGAUUUACUCCGUGGUACGGUUGGAGGAACCACUGCUCGGACGUGUCUGGAUCAGCGUACGACUACAGCGGCUGCUGAAACCCGUAGUUUCUGGAUACAAAGCGUGUACUGAUAAACAAAAAAAUAAAUAAAUAAAGCAAACAUACAUCCACUCGUGUUUUAUGAUAUU